UAUGGCGGAUGGUCAUAUUUGUAAGACUUGUGGGGUGGAGUUCCCUCCAACAUCCUCCCAAGGCCCGCCUUCGUCGUGUAUUAUUUGCUCCGAUGAUCGCCAGUUCGUUCCAAGGGAAGGCCAGGUAUGGACGUCCAUGAGCAAGAUGAGAUUGCAGUUUCGCAAUGGUUUCAAGAAGCAUGAGCCGCAGGUCUUCGAGAUCAUAACCUUUCCAAAGUUUGGCAUUGGACAGCGUGCGUUUCUCAUCCAGACUCAAGAGGGAAACAUACUGUGGGACUGCAUCUCAUUUCUAGACGAUGCCACAGUGGAGAUAAUCAAGUCGCUAGGUGGAUUGAGAGCGAUUGCCAUCUCUCACCCGCAUUACUACAGCACAAACUCUCGAUGGAGCGAGGCUUUUGGAGGCGUCCCGGUUUAUAUCCACGAAUGGGAUAAGAAAUGGGUGGUUUACCAGCACGAAAACGUAAAGUUCUGGGAGGGCAAAACAUUCCAGCUAUGGGAGGGACUCACGCUUUUACAUUUAGGUGGCCAUUUUGCUGGUGCUCAAAUCCUCCACUGGUCUCAUGGAGCUCAGGGGAGGGGUGUUUUAUUCACUGGAGAUAUCUUACAGGUGGGGAUGGACAACAAAACAGUGAGCAUAAUGAGAUCGUAUCCAAACUAUAUACCACUCUCGUCGAGCCACGCUAAAAGGAUAGGCCAGGUAAUCGAGCCAUGGGAUUUUGAGAGGCUCUACGGUGCAUUUCAGGACAGAGAGAUUGAAGAGAACGCAAAGAGCUGCGUCGUAUUCUCUCUGCAAAGGUAUAUCGAUUGGCUCUCUUUGGAUGAUGCUGCUGCUUAAGUAUUAAUCAGACUGAAUGCUUUUCUGAUUAUGAUUUGCCAUGACAUUGUUUCCAAAGUUUAAAUUGGACAUUUGUUUUCGUGAGGGAAA